UGAUAUCCAGAUAGAAAACUAUACAACUUUUCACACUGCAAACCACUAAAUGCUCUCCCUGGAUGCUCUGCAGGUUUUGUUCAAUGGUGUGAGCAUGCUGACCCUCCUCCUGGAUGCUCACAUGAGAGUCAGUGCUAUCCGGUUCUACCUUCUCAGUUUGGUUAUAUCAGAUAUUCUGCAGCUACUGACCAUCCCAGUGACUCUGUACCGGUAUUACUGGGAGAGCUACCCUUGGCGCCUGGGCCAGGCAGUGUGCAAGGUCUACUUCAUGGUCCGCCAAAUAUACUGUGCCACCACCAGCUGGGUUAUUGUUACCUUCACCACUGAGCGCUAUGCUGCGAUUUGCCAUACCAUGUGGUCUGUCUCCAGCCUGAAGAAGUCUCGACUGCCAUGCCUUCUUUCAGUAUGGAUCAUUUCUCUGGUCUCAGCCGUGCCCUUUGCUCUGGUCUAUGACCAGGCACGUGCCUGCAUCCUGGACUACACGGCCACCACUCAAGAAGAUGCCUUCCAGGUCUCCACCAUGUGUGAGAUGACAGAGCCUGAUCCUGCACACAUCUACAAAGGAGCCUUACUCCUCAGAGCUGCAGUUUUCUUUCUGAGCGUGCUGGAGAACUCUGGGUAG